GGAGCGGCAGGAGGACAAAUGAAGAUUGAAUUUGAAAAUUGAACCCUAACGGCUACUUGUCUUCGAUACAGGAUCAGUAACAGUCACCAAACAUCCACUCUGUCGGUUUUAAUCCCAUCUCCAUAAUUUGUUUUCGAUGGCUUUGUCUACACCCGAUUCAAAUCGCUUGAAACGAAUAAUGUCUCGUAGAGUACGAAUUGUUGGGAAAAUCCGAGCAUUUACUGAUCAAGAGAAUGAAUUCUAUUUGAAGCCGUGGGUCACCGUGUGCCGGACCAAAGAGAGCGAUCUCCAUUCGUCUACAAAGGUUAAAAUUUCAUUUGGAGAUGAAGUGAGCAGCCGAAAAGAUGUAUAUGAAUUGGAUAAUUGUUAUGAACAAGACGAGGAUAAUGCUGUAGUAUUCACAAGAGAGGUAAGGUCACUGAUAUCAGAAGUUCUCAGUGGUCGAAAUGUAUCAAUUAUUGCAUAUGGAGCUAAAGGCAGUGGAAAAACCCACACAAUCCAGGGUUCUGUGGACAAACAAGGUUUGGCAGCAAUGGCAAUAGAUGAGAUCCUUUCGCAGACAAAGGAUACAAAGAGAGCAGUGUUCGUUUCUUUUUAUGAGGUGUUCCAGGAUCAUGUCUAUGAUCUUUUGGAUCCUAAUCAUCCUGAAGUUCAAGUGCUUGAAGAUUCUCAAGGAAAAAUAAAGCUCAAAGGACUGUCUAAGGUUGCUGUGAAUUCCAUUUCACAAUUUCAUGAUCUAAGUGCUUGUUGGGCUGCACCAUGCUAUUCAGUACAAAAGACACCAGUCCAAAUGCCCAAAAGGAGUCACAAAGGUUUAAUGAUACAUAUAGCAUCUGCUGAUGACAUCCAGGGUAGUAAAUGUCCCAAUGUGAUGAACUUUGUGGAUUUGGCAGGCUAUGAGGAUUCCAGAAGAAGCAGCAAAGAUGGAAUUAUGCUUACGGAAAGUACUAGAAUAAACAAGUCUUUAUAUGCCAUAAUGAACGUGGUGUACGCUCUGAACACAAAUGAAAAGCGUGUGCCUUAUCGAGAAGGCAAACUCACUCGGAUGCUGCAGGAAUCUCUUGGAGGCUCCAAUCAUGUUGUGUUGCUUACCUGCUUGAAUCCAAUUGUUUGCCAAGAUACUCUUUAUGUAGUAAGUUUGGCUUCACGAUCAUGUCAAAGCACUGGCCAGAUAUCGACAAGCUCUGCAAUGAAAAGUAAAAAGCACACUAAUCAACAAGUACGACUAAUGGGUACCCCGUUGUCUGGGAAAAAGAACAACUCUGCUUGCAAUUUAACAGGAAGGAAAUUAUUCAGUGAGAGAAAAGCUAUCAUCUCUAAGCAGGAUGAUCUCAACUCAGCUACAAAGUUUAAGCCUCUUUCAGAGAACGCUUCAACCAUCACAUCUUCCUUCCAUAAAAAGACUUCUCAAGACAAGUCCAAUUCAGUUAGCUCUGGAGCCUUGAUAUUAUCAGCAGAAAAUGUAAUCCCAAAUGCUGUCAAGGAAACAAUCUCUGUUAAGAAGAUGGAAAAGGAUGCCUCUCCACCAAAUAAAGCAGAGGAUUUAGAAGUUACUCCCGAAGUUCAUUGUGAUAUCAAAGAAAUAGUUUCUUUUGCACAUGAUGGUAUGGUUGGUAUAGAGAAGAAAAACGAUGACGUGAACAUAGACAAUGCAGGAUCACCACCGCUAAGUGCAAGACUUAGAGAAAUAACGAAUAAUUUACGGUUGUUGGAGGCUUCAACUCCUUUGCAUAUACUGAUGCCAAAGCAAUCAGAUGCAUCCCAAGGAAGCCUUGAAAGUCGUGACAUUACAGAACCUAAAACCCCAAAAACUGAAACUGAUGUAAGAACUUUGGAGGUUGACAAGUAUACUAGUCCUUGGGAAAGAUUUCAUACCCGCAGUUCUGGAGUAAAGAAUUGCCUUGUCCAAGAAUAUCUGAAUUUCUUAAAUACUGCAAGCAAGGAAGAGUUAACAAGGAUCCAGGGCAUUGGAGAAAAGAGAGCAACUUACAUUCUUGAACUUCGUGAAGAUUCUCCAGAACCUUUUAAGAGGCUUGAAGAUUUGCAAGAAGUUGGUCUCUCGGCAAAGGAGGUAAAUGGCUUGAUGAGAAGAAUGGCUGGACAGCUUUUCAACUAGAUUGUGAACAAUAGUUCUUUUGAUGGCAACUAGAAUUUGCCAGCAUUUCCAUUAUGUUGCUAAAUCAAUUUGUUAGAUUAUACAGUUUGAUAUAUUUAUGUAUCAGUUGUUGUAGUUAUGUUCUAUUAUGUAAAUGUGAAAAAACUUUUUGCCUUUCCAAUGUUCAAGCCUCGGCUAUGAAUGACUUUUUAAUCUUUC